AAUUUUCAAAUAUGUGAUUCACUGAAAAUCAUUAAAUCAAUCAUUGCAAAUUCAUAACUACAAACUUUGUUAGAUCAAUAUUUCGUAUCGCUCUUGACGAUACGUUUACUUCGGAAACAAUCUAAAAUGGCAAGUCCAAAUCAAGAAACAGAUUCAGCUUCAAUGUUCAUGCAAAAAGGCGAUGGCAAAAGAAAGAGUCCAACGCGAUCGGAGCCAUCUUCUAGGAAGAACUCAAAAACCAACCUACCCGCAGAAAUUAUUACGGUCAAAGAUUUCUUUGACUUCAUGAAAACGGCAUAUCAAGUGUACGAGCAUUUAGAAGGCGAUGAAGACGAAGGUUCGAAGAUAAAUUGGGAAGAGUUGACUAAAUUAACUGUUAUCAAUCAUGUAAUAGAACAGCAGGAGAGGGAUCUUCUGUACCAAACUGCGUUUACUCAGCAAAAGCCUAUUACUAGUAAGAGUGACACGGCGAUAGAGAAGAAAAAUAAUGAAAUCGAGCGCAUUGAAAAACGUUCAAGUUGCAGUGAAAUUGAAGGUAAGGGCCGUCGCCGUUCCCUACCCCCAGAAGCUCGUGUGGAAAUGCUUGGGGUUUGGACUGAAGCUAAUCUCAAUUGCAAAUUAAAUGAUGUAAUAAAUGAAGGUAUUCUGGAUUCUAUUCUUCCCUACUUGGUCGGAUAUAAGAAACCAUCAAAAACAACGAGCGUCUACACGCCUAUAAUCAAAAAGGUGCCGUCUGGUCCAGUAGCUGAGAUCAAAAAACCUGCUAGUUUUGGAGGUUUCGUAAACGAAAAGGAAUCUAGAGAUAGAUUGGGAAGACGCAAGUCGUCGGUGAUCGCCGCUCAAGACAGGGGCAACCAAAAACAAGAUGGCGAUGUAGAAAUCCACGUAUGCGAUGAGGUGAAAGGCUUGAAGAAAGACUUCAGGUGCCCUCAAAAGUUACUGGUUUCAAAGAUGGGAUACUUUGCUGACGUCACGGCUGGUCAGCGACUCGAGGACAUGGAUAUUUCUGUACAUUGCGACAUUCAGAUCUUCGACUGGCUGAUGCGCUGGGUGAAGCGCGACACGAUCCUGGUGGCGGACUGGCCGCUGCUCGACCCUCACAACGUGGUCCCCAUACUCGUCUCAGCUUCCUUCUUGCAGAUGGAGCCACUGCUGCACGACUGCCUGAUCUACUGCCACGCGCAUCUCAACGACAUCGUCAAGACUUCCACCAACCUCGCUUGCCUCAGCGAUGCUUUACUUACCAGACUAGCAGCGAUGUACACGAACGCAGAGCUGGAAGGCGUGCGCGACCGCAAGGAUAAGAUCCAGUCGAGGCUGUACUGCAAGCUCAUCCUGUCGCUGGCCGAGCCCGUGCCGGAAACGUUACGUGGCCACUACGCUACACUGGCCACGCUGUUCAAGUGCAGCAAAUGCAACAAGCUGCUAGGGCGCCACAUUGCGGAGCAAGUCCCAUGCCAGCCCUCUAGCAUGAGAAUCGACAGGCGUGGGAACGUCAUCUCCACUCACACCAAAGACCCGACGUGGAGCCUGAACGAGUACAUCACGUGGCUGUACGGCGAGCUGCGCUCGUGGCGGCGCGUGUACUGGCGCCUGUGGGCCGACUGCCACUUCCUGCGCUGCCAGCUGUGCGACAGUUUCUUCCCGGCUUAUCAGAUGGAGUGGUGCUCGCACCACGAGCAGGGCCCGCACAUGUUCGCGCUGGAGGGCCGCGCGCCGCUGCCCACCGGCCGCUACCCGUGCUGCGGCGAGCGCGCCUACCGCUUCGAGACCGUCACCAGGAACACUGGCUGCCAGUUCCGCGAGCAUGCACCUGACGAGCGGCUGGCCACCGAUGCUGUAGUGAUGGAGAUCUACGGCAAGUUCCGCGACAUCAUCGCCAUGCGCCCGCCGCAGCUCAUGUUCCCCGAGCGGCUCACCAGGCUCGUCGGUAGGGAGCCGGGCGAGGAGGCCGGCGGUCGCCUGCAGUGCAAGGAGGUGUUCUGGUGGGAGGGCAUCCAGCUGGCGCCGCCGCGCGCGCCGCUCGGGCUGCUCGGCAAGCUUUACACCAGCAACAACAAGUUCAACCGUGAGCGAUUGUGUAGCGUGGUGGCGGGGACUUGGGAUUCAAAAGAUAAAAAGAAACCACGUUUUUAUGAUCUUGUCUUCUCUUUCAAUCUUAUAAAGUUUAUUUGGGACCCGACGUGGAGCCUGAACGAGUACAUCACGUGGCUGUACGGCGAGCUGCGCUCGUGGCGGCGCGUGUACUGGCGCCUGUGGGCCGACUGCCACUUCCUGCGCUGCCAGCUGUGCGACAGCUUCUUCCCGGCUUACCAGAUGGAGUGGUGCUCGCACCACGAGCAGGGCCCGCACAUGUUCGCGCUGGAGGGCCGCGCGCCGCUGCCCACCGGCCGCUACCCGUGCUGCGGCGAGCGCGCCUACCGCUUCGAGACCGUCACCAGGAACACUGGCUGCCAGUUCCGCGAGCAUGCACCUGACGAGCGGCUGGCCACCGAUGCUGUAGUGAUGGAGAUCUACGGCAAGUUCCGCGACAUCAUCGCUAUGCGCCCGCCGCAGCUGAUGUUCCCCGAGCGGCUCACCAGGCUCGUCGGUAGGGAGCCGGGCGAGGAGGCCGGCGGUCGCCUGCAGUGCAAGGAGGUGUUCUGGUGGGAGGGCAUCCAGCUGGCGCCGCCGCGCGCGCCGCUCGGGCUGCUCGGCAAGCUUUACACCAGCAACAACAAGUUCAACCCUUGCGCGAGACCAGGCUCCCCCACGCUUGGGGCGGCCCGCGCUCCCUCCCAGGCCCAUUCCCUGGCCUGCAACUGCUCCAGCGCCACCACCGAGGCCAAAGACUCCAAGACCUUCAAGCCCAAGGAGGCUAAGGAGGAAUCCCCGCGACCGAAGAAAGGCGCCGUCUGCGAGGCGGGCGACGCCAGCGAGGAGCAGUCCAGCGAGUCGGACGCCAGCGAGCAGAGCUCGUGCAGCGCCCGCAGUGACGAGGACGCGCCGCGACGCGUCGCACCGCAUCAGCGACCGCAUAGCCAUCCCACGAACAAAAGAGUCCGCGUGGUGGGCCGCGUGUGGGUGGCGUCGCUUUCGGCGCGCAGCAACCAGGACCAGCAGCGUCGCUUCGAGGAGCGCGCGGCGCGGCAGAUGCGGGCAGCUCUCGCUCGCCGCGCCGCGCUUACACCCAGCAAGGCUAAGGCACCUGCAGGUGGCGUAUACGCGAAAUUGGAGGCAGAAUGGCGCGAGCGCCACGGCCAACGACCUCGCAACGCGGUCUCCGCGCGGCCGCGCCAACCGGCUAACAAAUACAAAUGA